ACAAAGAGAAACUUCAUGACAUGUCUGUUAGUAGUUUCUAGCAUUAGCUCAUCAUCGUGAAUGAUUCUGACAUACAAGGGCAUGGAUUGGAAAGCAGUCCUGUGACUGAAUAACAUGGAUGCAUGCACUCUUUCUUAUCCCACCAAAUCACUUUUUUUAAACUUUCAGAGGACUAUAUACGAUAUGCCCAUGGCUUAAUAUCAGAAUAUAUUCCUGAAGGUCUGAGUGCAGCAUUAUCCAAGUACUUACAGCUUCCAGAAGUUACAAGUCCAGAAGCAGACCCCCCUCUAAAGAAAAGGAAAUUCUCAGAUGCACCUGUAGAAGCGGAAGAAGACUAUACUAAGUUUAACAGUGGUGAUCUCAAGAACAAAAAGACAACAAGCAAGAUGUCUGCCGCUCAGAAAGCUCUAGCCAAAGUUGACAAGACUGGAAUGAAAACCAUGUCUGCAUUCUUUAGUGCAAAGCCUAAAGCAAAAAAAUAAAAAUUUGAAACUAAAACUAA